AUGAAUAAACAAAAAGAAGAACAACUUGAAAUGGAUAAUUUUAAUGAUGAAUUAUUUCAAUUAGAGUGUGAAAAGGAACAAUUAAGAUUGGAAAAGGAGAGAUUGGAAGAGAUAGAGUUCAAGAUGGAAGAGAAAGAGUUUGAAUUGGAAGAUCGAUCGAUGAAAUUGGAGCAAAUACAAAACGAGGUGGAAGGAGAGAGAACACGGUUGAACGAGUUGGCAAAAGAGCUGUGCGAUGCUGCAUUGGUCAUUGAACAGAAACAACAAUCGAUGGUGGAUCGUGAACAAGCACUAGAUCAUCGACAACUAGUGAUUGAAGAACACGAAGAAAAGAUAAAAGCUGCCGAACAGAUGCUCAUCAGCUUUGAAACAGACUACAAGACACGAAUGAGAAAACUCAUGGAUUUUCAAGCACAACUCAAACAAAAAGAUCAUGAAUUAAAGAUGCAAGAAUUAUCUGCUCUUCAAAAUUUAAACAAACGUUCAAUGACCAAUGAAACUAAUAAUAAUAAUAGUAAUAAUAAUACUGGUACUAGUGCAAUUGAUGAUUUAAAUAAUAGUAUAUUUUCAUUUGAACAAUCCAUUUUACAACAACAAAAACAAUUUAAUAAUAAUCAACAACAACAACAACCAACAAUAGUUCCAAAAAUACCAUCAUCUCCAUCAACAACAACAACAACAACAUUAAAACCAAGAUCAUCAAUUCAUUCAUCAAUUAGAAAACCAUCAUCAUCUUCAUCUUUAUCAUCAUCAUCAUCAAGUUUACCAAGACAAUCAGUUGUACUUGCUUCAAAAUCACCCAAAAAAUUAUUACAACCAAGAAAAUCAAUUAUAACUAGUAGUAGUAGUAGUAAACAACAAACAAAUAUAACAAUCCAAAAAGAAAAUACUCAACCAAAUAGUCCAAGUACUAAUAAUAAUAUUUCAAAACUCAGAAGACCAACUAUAUUAAAACAACAAUCAACCUAUCCUUAG